GGAGAUGAUGACAGCAUGUCAAGUUUACAGUCUUUGGAUAUGGGAUCAGAUAUAUCCAUGGACUAUAGGUAUAAGAGGGAUGUAAGUUUAGAUUCGAGGUUGUCAAGUGGAUCAACGCAGAGUGAGAUUACUGGUGAGAAGAAGAAGAAGAAAUCGUUGAUGGGUAAACUUAAGAAAUUGACUAAGUCAAGGAGUAUUGAUGAUUCAGAUGAUUCACAUUUCUCACCUAGUAAACCAUUAUCAUCAUCUAGGGCACCCAGUCAAAGUUCAGAUAUUGAAGACCCCAAAGGUAGUAAGAAGGAUUUGAAAGAUCGUAUCACAGGGAUGUUUAAAAGAAGUGGGUCUCAAUCUAGGUCAAACAGUGUGGAAAGACAGAUUAAACAAGACACGAGCUCAACACAGCGCCCUCUGAUGCGUAGCGCAAACGGGGGCACAUCAACCACCCCAAAUUCCAGCACGGAUAAGCUUGCAAAACCCAAAAAGAACAUCAAAUUAUAACCUCUACAAGUAGCAUAGAUUAGUAUAGCACAUUUUUGUUUAUAAGCACGUUAAUUUUGUUAUCGUUUCACGUUGGUUUAUAUUCGUUUAAAUUUAGUUACAAACUUUUCACCAUGAUAAUAUAUUAAUGCAAUCGGC